GUCAAAAGUGUCGCAUCUGAGCUCCAACAGAUCAACCAGACAUUAAGGCUGAUUCUGCAUGGAUGUCAAUUAAAAGGUGUGAUAUCGAUAGAAAAUAAUCACAUACAUUCCUUGUGGCGAUGGUGAUUGACAGACAGAUGAUCUGACAGAGGAAGACAUCAGACGCUGUCGCUGUGCUGGUUAUUAUGGGGUGUACCUGUUGCAAGCAGAAAAAGUCCGUCAAAUCGAUAGGGGCAGAAUCAGCAACAAUAGAUGUUACGGAUCUGUCUGCAAACAAUGCAGAGGGAGGACAGUUGGGAGGAUUGUCCCAGCGUUACUGUCCUGACCCCACUAUCCCAGACUUCAACAAGCCUUUCCCGUCGCCUUCGGCCUUCCCCGCAACAAACACGCACCCCCGCCCCGGAGGCAUGGGUGGAGGAGUCACUCUCUUUGUAGCUUUGUAUGACUAUGACGCUCGCACUGAGGAUGACCUUACCUUCCAGAAAGGAGAGAAAUUCCAAAUCAUCAACAACACGGAGGGUGACUGGUGGGAGGCCCGCUCGUUGAACACCGGCCACUCAGGAUACAUCCCCUCCAACUAUGUAGCUCCGGUCGACUCCAUACAAGCUGAGGAGUGGUAUUUUGGGAAAAUGGGGAGGAAGGAUGCAGAGAGACAGCUGCUGGCUCAGGGCAACCAGAGGGGAACUUUCCUCAUACGAGAGAGCGAGACCACCAAAGGGGCCUACUCUCUUUCCAUCCGUGACUGGGACGACACCAAGGGAGAUCAUGUCAAGCAUUAUAAGAUCCGCAAACUAGACAAUGGUGGCUACUACAUCACCACGAGGUCACAGUUCGACACUGUUCAGGAGCUGGUGGUCCACUACACAGAGAGAGCGGCGGGACUGUGCUGCCGUUUGAUGGGCAGCUGUAAGAGGGGCAUGCCUAAGCUGGCCGACUUAUCGGUGAAGACCAAGGAUAUGUGGGAGAUUCCCCGCGAGUCUCUCCAGCUGAUUAAGAAACUGGGCAACGGCCAGUUUGGAGAAGUCUGGAUGGGCAUGUGGAACGGCACCACCAAGGUAGCGGUGAAGACUCUGAAGCCAGGAACCAUGUCCCCCGAGGCGUUCCUGGAGGAGGCUCAGAUCAUGAAGAGGCUCCGGCACGACAAGCUGGUGCAGCUCUAUGCCGUCGUGUCUGAGGAGCCCAUCUACAUUAUCACUGAGUUCAUGAGCCAAGGAAGUUUAUUGGACUUCUUAAAAGAUGGAGAAGGGCAGAACCUAAAGCUGCCUCAGCUGGUGGACAUGGCAGCACAGAUUGCUGCUGGGAUGGCGUACAUCGAGCGGAUGAACUACAUCCAUCGCGACCUACGAGCUGCCAACAUCCUUGUUGGAGACAAUCUGGUGUGCAAGAUCGCUGACUUUGGCCUGGCCAGGCUAAUUGAAGAUAACGAGUACACGGCCAGACAAGGAGCAAAGUUCCCCAUCAAGUGGACGGCUCCAGAAGCUGCACUCUAUGGACGCUUCACCAUCAAAUCAGAUGUCUGGAGCUUCGGUAUCAUGUUGACUGAACUCAUCACUAAGGGACGCGUGCCCUACCCAGGCAUGAACAACCGUGAGGUGCUGGAGCAGGUAGAGAGAGGCUACCGGAUGCAAGGUCCCCAUGGCUGCCCGGCCUCGCUCCACGAACUGAUGCUUCAGUGCUGGAGGCGGGAGCCCGAUGAGAGACCCACCUUUGAGUACCUGCAGUCCUUCCUGGAGGACUACUUCACCGCCACAGAGCCACAGUACCAGCCAGGAGAAAACCUGUGAACGGUGUCAAGUCGGACAGAUGUGGAGCUAUAGCUGAACACAAAGAUACAGUGACUGAGAUGUUGAAGUCGUGCAUUUAUUUGUGCCUUCAGUGUUUUUGAUCCACACUUACUCAUAUGAAGAAACAUAUCAAUGACUUUUGACGUUUCCUUUGGUUUGGUUGCGGAUCGCUGCAUCGUGCUUAGAGCAGAUCAGUUAUCCAUGUUGAGGAGUUGGAGCUCAUCUGGUCCGGCCUUGCAGUAAUGUUGCUUUACUCUGUAACCAUGACAACAGGCAACUGAAAGAAAAUGUAGAUGCUUGUGUUGAAGGGUGGGUUGAGGGAGUCCAGUGGGUGCAUGAUCUGUUCAGCUGCCAGAUUUCUUCAGGUCCUUUGAUUUCUUUUUUUUUUGUUCUGUGUGCAGAAUGUCAUCAGAUUGACUAAUUUCGGCGUGAAAAAAUACGCUGAUGUAAAAGAAUCUCACCUGCAACAAGUUGCACAUCUUGAGGAAGCUCAGACGGCUGUCAGUGAGCCUUGUAUUCCUUUGUCUAACAAAAUCAUUAUACCAUUGUUCUUUAGCAGUAAUAGAGUGGAGGUCUGGGUUCAUUAUACUUAUAAUAUUUGAUUUAAACAAGGUCUGAUAUUAGAUCUAUAUCUGUUUCCUUAAACAAGUGCCUUUAGUGCUGUGCCAAAAGUGGAGGGGACAAGGAAUGUGCUUUACGUAUUAAUUGUUUCACUCAUUGUUUUAAUUUAACUGAAUUAUAUCUGUGCAUUCAAAACUGUUGUAUAUCUUGAAAACAUGUAUGCAUGUUUUUCGUUUUUUUGAGAUAGGAGGGUUGAAAAUGGAAAACAUAAGAAAGAAUGGCCUCUGGCAGUGGAAUAUGAAGCAAUAGUGUUUUAAAUGUUUUUUAAUCAUUUUUUUCAUGAAUGUAACCAUUAUGUUGCAAACCCUUCUGUCAUUUUACUGUAAUAAAGAUCAGAUAUCUUUUCCAGGUCACCAUUUU